GCUCAGCUGUUUUUCGGCGACAGUGACGUCACGCGUUGGCUGUGUCACUUUUUUUGUAUAUUUUUAUUGGUAUUAUCAAAUUUAUCGGCAAAUACUUGACUAAACACAAAUAAAUGCUAGCUAAUCAGGGCUCCACGGUGUUGUUGGCGAUUGCAUUGAGUGGAUGAGGGCCUAGCACAAUGACAAAAGAAGCAGAAAUCAACGAGGAGUAAAGAAGUUCAGAGACCAAUUCGCAAAAACAAUUUCCAAAAAAGAAAUGGAGGAAGUGCCUGUUCAUCCACUGAGCCAGGAUCCCACGGCUGCCUGGCGGGAUAUUAGCAAGUCGCAGCGCGUAAUCAAGGUUACGAUGAAGCCGCCGACCACCACGGUGGCUCCCAACAAGGCCCGGGUGGUGUGCAUGUCCGAUACCCACUCACUGACACCCUACAUCAAGUUCGACAUACCAGAUGGCGAUAUCUUUAUCCACGCGGGCGAUUUCACCAAGUGCGGCCAGCUGGAAGAGGUGGAGGAGUUCAACAAUUGGAUUGGCGGUCUGCCGCAUCGCCACAAGAUCGUGAUUGCCGGCAAUCAUGAGCUGAGUUUCGACAGCACCUUCACCCAUCCGUUCCAGAAGGGCGGCGCCGGACAAGGCAGCGGCAAGGGUCACGCCUCGAGUAGCAAGCACACCGGCAUGUCCAUCCUGGACGAUUUGCCCACGCUGGGCAAUGCGAAGGAGAGUCUGGAGAGCGCAGUCCAGACACAAAAUGUGCGUCAGGUGCUGACCAAUUGCCGGUAUAUAGAGGAUGAGUUGCUGGAGAUUUGGGGUAUACGGAUUUAUGGUUCACCCUGGCAGCCCGAAUUCUGUCGCUGGGCCUUCAACGUCCCUCGCGGUGCUCCCUGUCUGGCAAAGUGGAACCAAGUUCCCGAGGGCAUUGACAUCUUAGUGACACACACACCACCCGUGGGUCAUGGGGAUCUCUGCUGCUCGGGCGUUCGGGCGGGAUGCGUGGAGCUCCUGAGCACCGUGCAGCAGCGAGUGCGUCCCAAAUACCAUGUCUUUGGCCAUGUGCACGAGGGCUAUGGCAUCACCAGCGACGGAAGAAUCAUCUUUGUGAACGCCUCCACAUGUGACAUAAAUUAUUUACCCAACAAUGCGCCCAUCGUUUUCGAUGUGACGCUACCACCGGGAGUUCGGAAGGAUUAAACGACUCUGAUUUUGAUAUUUAUUCGCAUUUUGUUGCAGGUUCAAUGAAUUUAUCCUCGUCCCAAAACGUUGUAUAUUUUAUUUUAAGUUUUAGUUGCUUUAUAAAUUUUUAUUUAUAAGUAAUGAAGUGUUUCUCGGGGUCUUAAAGUUACGAUUAAACGAAGUUUGGUA